CUGCUGCCACGGAGAGUAGAGGAGGCGGUCCAACCGACGUUUAGCUAAACCCUGUACCGUCGCUGCUCUCGCCUCUACCGUGUACCGUAGGCUACCGUGCUCAUCACGGAUCACGCACUGCUCACGACCUCUGCACCCCCCCAGCUCGGUUGGCUCGGGGUAUUGUAGGACCUAUAAUCUCCAGGCAAUCUGGAUCAACCUUUCCAGUUCCGGUAACGAACAGCGGCAGUUUGAGCAAAGAAGCACAGCACCCUAGUUUCUCUCGGUAGCUUGUCUCUCACAGGCAGACAUGGAAGAUGGUCCGUCUUCGACAAGCUGUUUUCGAAGGAUAACGGACUGUUUUCUGGGCUCAAGUCUGACGGAUGACAAAGUGAAGGCGUAUCUCUCCCUUCACCCUCAGAUGCUGGAUGAGUUUGUAUCGGAGAGCGUGAGUUCAGAGACGCUGGACAGAUGGCACAAGAGGAAGAGCAGCGGUAGCCUGCCUGCAGAUGACACGUCAUCAGGCAGCAGGGUGAGUUACCUCCUGACUAUCUGACUGGCUGGCUGGCUGACUGACUGGCUGGCUGACUGACUGAC